GAGCAGCGAUGUCUGUGCAGGUGGCAGCCCCUGGCAGCGCGGGGCUGGGCCCCGAGCACCUGAGCCCUGAGGAGCUAGUGCGGCAGACGCGGCAGGUGGUGCAGGGGCUGGAGGCCCUGCGUGCGGAGCACCGUGGCCUGGCCGGGCACCUGGCGGAGGCUCUGGCAGGACAGGGCCCGGUGACUGGCUCGGAACUGCUGGAGGAAAAGCAGCAGGUGGUGAGCCACUCGCUGGAAGCCAUCGAGCUGGGGCUGGGUGAAGCCCAGGUGCUGCUGGCCCUGUCGGCGCACGUGGGCGCGCUGGAGGCCGAGAAGCAGCGGCUGCGAGCGCAGGCCCGGCGGCUGGCCCAGGAGAACGUGUGGCUGCGGGAGGAGCUGGAGGAGACACAGAGGCGGCUGCGGGCCAGUGAGGAGGCCGUGGCCCAGCUGGAGGAGGAGAAGAGCCACCUGGAGUUCCUGGGGCAGCUGCGGCAGUACGACCCACCUGCAGAGAGCCAGCAGCCCGAGUCGCCCCAUCGCCGAGACAGCCUGGCCUCCCUGUUCCCCAGCGAGGAGGAAGAGAGGAAGGGUUCUGAGGCGGUGGGAGCAGCAGCAGCUCAGCAGGGCGGCUACGAGAUCCCGGCGCGCCUCCGGACGCUGCACAACCUGGUCAUCCAGUACGCGGGGCAGGGCCGCUACGAGGUGGCUGUGCCGCUGUGCCGCCAGGCCUUGGAGGACCUGGAGCGCAGCUCAGGCCACUGCCACCCCGACGUGGCCACCAUGCUCAACAUCCUGGCCCUGGUGUACCGGGACCAGAACAAGUACAAAGAAGCCACAGACCUCCUGCACGAUGCCCUGCAGAUCCGGGAGCAGACACUGGGCCCCGAGCACCCAGCGGUGGCUGCCACCCUGAACAACCUGGCUGUCCUCUAUGGGAAGCGUGGGCGGUACCGGGAGGCAGAGCCCCUGUGCCAGCGAGCCCUGGAGAUCCGUGAGAAGGUCCUUGGCGCCGACCACCCGGACGUGGCCAAGCAGCUCAACAACCUGGCCCUGCUCUGCCAGAACCAGGGCAAGUUCGAGGAGAUGGAGCGGCACUACGCUCGCGCCCUGAGCAUCUAUGAGGCCCUGGGCGGGCCUCAUGACCCCAACGUGGCUAAGACCAAGAACAACCUGGCCUCCGCCUACUUGAAACAGAACAAGUACCAGCAAGCAGAGGAGCUGUACAAGCAGAUCCUCAGCAGGGAGGACCUGCCCGCCCCUCUCGGUGCCCCCAACACAGGCAGAGCUGGCAACGCAGAACAACAGACCCUCCGUCGGAGCAGCUCCUUCUCCAAAUUACGGGAGUCCAUCCGGCGAGGGAGCGAGAAGCUGGUCUCCCGGCUCCGAGGCGAGGGUGCGGCGGGAGCAGCAGGGAUGAAGAGAGCCAUGUCACUCAACACGCUGCACACAGAUGGCAUCCGGGCUCCUGGGACCCAGUCCCCCAGCCGGCACCUGAGUGAGGCCUCUCGGACCCUUAGCACCAGCACCCAGGAUCUGGGCCCCCGCUAAACUCGACAGGACCAAGUGGCUCAAGCUCUCGGGGAGCAGUGGGGAGGGGUGGGCACAGCCAGUGGAUUGGGCUGCCC